ACCAUGGCCUCCGAAUAUACUCUCUGUGAGGCCUCGCCAGCCGAUGCGAAAGCCAUUGCCUCCCUCUUCUCUUUAUCCUGGACAUCACCCUUCACGCGCCUUCAGUUCAGCGAUGUAGACCCGCCCACGCUCGCAGCCGAUAUGGCGCCGCGCAUCGAGCAGCAUAUGGUCAAGCCCAACAUUCGCUUCAUCGUGAUGCGGGAUCACGAAACGCAAGAGGUUAUAGCUGUCGCGCAAUGGUCAUUUCCAUCCGAAGAAGAUCCGGAACAGAGAAAAGAGACUGCAGAGGAAAAGGCGGAGAGGGACAAGUUCAACGAUGAGGUAUAUCGGAACAAACUGCCUGAGAAGAGUAAUAAAGAUUUAAUCAUGGAGUUUACUGUUGGCUUGAGGACGUUGCGAAAAGGUGUGCUAAAGGGAAGGAAGCACUACCUCCUAGAAAAUCUGGCAACACAUCCUGACCAUCGUGGCAAAGGACUCGCCUCUAGACUAAUAGAGUGGGUGUUUCCCAAAGCAGACGAAGACGAUGUGGUCGUCUAUCUAGACACUGCCAGUGAUAACAACGCCAUGCGCUUGUACAAAAGGCUGGGCUUUGAAGAGAAGGGGAGCCAGACGAUUGAGGAUUUGAGCAAGUACGGCGGCGAGGGGAGUGAGACCCAUGUUGCAUUGAUACGAUACCCGAAGAGCCAGUCAUAAGCGGAGUCAUCGUCAUCCGUGCAUCAAUUGACUUACCUCUUUUCAGGGGUGAGAUGGCAUGCGUAUCCGGCCUCCUGGAGUGAUUCAACUCUCAGAGCUCAGUCUAGUGUACCGGCGUCCUGAAGGCCCUCAACCCUCGAAUUUCGGCUGGGCGAUUCCGAGCCCACUGUGCAUUACAAUUUCGCACCACCGCAGCGCAGCCAUCUCGCAAUCUACC